AUGAUCCUCAUGCACAAAGGAUGUCCCUUCACCCUGACCACAGUGGACAUGAAGAGGGCACCUGAGGUCUUGAAAGAUUUGGCCCCAGGGUCACAGCCUCCAUUUCUCCUCUACGACACUGAGGUCAAAACUGAUACCAACAAAAUCGAAGAGUUUCUGCAGGAGAUCUUGGUACCUCCCAGUUAUCCCAGCAUGACACCUAAAUACAAGGAAUCAACCACAGCAGGGAAUGAUGUUUUCCAUAAAUUCUCUGCAUACAUCAAGAACCAAGUGCCAGCCCAAGAAGACAAUCUGCAAAAGAAUUUGCUGCGCUCAUUCCUACUCCUAGACCGUUACCUGUUGACUCCACUACCACAUGAGCUAGCCAAGGACCCUAAAAUGACCGUAUCCAAGAGGAUAUUCCUGGAUGGAGAUGAACUGACACUUCCAGACUGUAACCUGCUGCCAAAACUCAACAUCAUCAAUGUAAGCAGGAAAUACAUCUUUUAA